AUGGGUUCGGUUAAAUUUUUUAAAGUAUUAUCAUGGAUUCUGUCAAAUGUUUUAUUAGUUUUUUGGUUAAUUGUAUUUUUAAUGAAGAUAUCUGGUAAAUUAACAUCAUGGACAUGUGUAUUAUCAACAUUAAGUUUCUCAGUAUUUGUCAUUAUGACAUCAGUUAAAUUAGACGAACCAAAAAAUGAAAAUGUAUCAAUAAUAAAUUGUUUAAUUCCAUUGUGGGUAUUUUUAGGAUUAGCAAUGUUAUUAAGAGAUGACAGUAGAAAGAAAAAAAAUGAACAACCACGUUUCAGAAAUAGAGGAAUAAAAAAAGUAUUUAAAAUAUUUUACCCAAAUGCUAUUGUUUACUUUACAAUCUAUACAAUUUUAGAAGUUAUCUCUCAAGAAGUCACACCAUUAUCAUGGACAGUUAGAUUCAUACCAUUCUUUAUCUUUAUCGCUACAACUAUUUUAACACUCUUAUCAAUGAUUCCAAAACCUGGUCCAGAAUUCAUUUUAAUUGGUUUGGUAAAUGUAUUUUUACUUUUGUUAUAUCUUUAUUUAAUCGAUAAAAUUGGCCAUAUUGCAAUUCCAUUCAUCCCUGUUUAUAUUUUAAUUCCAGUAGGUUUCGUUUUUGGUCUCUUUAUUUAA